AUUUCUCUUCUUCCCUUUCCGAUCUAUUAUGCAUGCAUGCUAUUCCAUUCCAAUUCCACGCCGUUUCUUGCGUCCCUUUUCACUCUUUUCUCUGCUUAUUAUUAUUACUCCCAUUUUCCCCUCCUUCGUUAACCUGCAAAAUUACAAUGAAAACAGUGCACUGCACCUUAACUAGAUUUGGAUCUCCCCACCUUUUGAAACCGAAUUAAUUGUCUUUUCGCCAUCGGAUACAAAUUUAUUUAUUGUAUCAACUGAAUUUCGAUUCCAUGCUAUGCUGGUUAGCUCUUCUAGGUUUUUUAUCUGAGAAAAAAACAAACAUAAUAUCAACGAUUUCAGAGAAGUUUGAGUAAGGCAACAAUCAUCACUAUUAAUAAGAGUUCCUUCCUUCACUCUCACCCAAGCCAAAGAAAGGAACAAGAACAAGACCAACAAAGUAACGUGAAAGAGAAAGAGAUGGAGGCGAUUGUUCCAGUGGUGGAUUUCCAGAGGCUUUCAGAGGAAGAGGAGCGCAAGAAGCUGAGAAAAACAUGUGAGAAACCAGGGUGUUUCAGAAUCAUCAACCACUCAAUUCCACUAACACUCAUGGCUGACAUGAAGUCAGUGGUUAAAUACUUGCAUGACCUUCCCACGGAAAUCAAAAUGCGCAACAAACCCUCCUCCGUCCCUGAGAGUGGCUAUAGGGCGGCAUCGCCAACAAGUCCUCUAUACGAGGGCAUGGGAAUAUAUGACAUGCAUGCAUCACCACAAGCAUUUGAAGAUUUCUGCUCCAACUUGAAUGUGUCACCCCGUCACAGGCAAAUAAUAAAGGAAUAUGGUCAAGCAAUUCAUGACUUGGCAUCAAAUGUAUCCCAAAAAAUGGCUGAGUCUUUGGGUAUAGUCGAUAAUGAUUUCAAGGACUGGCCAUUCAUUUUGAGGACUAUUAAAUUUAGUUUUACCCCAGAUGUUAUAGGCUCCAUGGCAGCACAAUUGCACUCAGAUACAGGAUUUAUCACUCUACUUCAAGAUGAUGAACAUGUUAGUGGUCUUGAGAUGAUAGAUGAUUUUGGCACAUUUAAGGCAGUUCCUCCCAUACCAGGGGCCUUCCUUUGCAUUGUUGGAGAUGUUGGACAUGUUUGGAGCAAUGGAAAUUUUUGGAAUGCUAGACAUCGUGUAAUAUGCAAGGAAACGGGUACUGGUUAUUCAUUUGGUGCAUAUAUGUUAUCACCAAGGGAUGGUAAUGUUGAGGCGCCUAAAAAAUUGGUGGAAGUUGACCAUGUACAACGCUAUCGACCAUUUAAGUACGAAGAUUUGAGGGAUUUCAAAAUCACCACAGGAAAGAGAGUUGAAGUCCUUGAUCAAUAUCGCAUUUUUUAGUCAUUUUAUGCAUCGAAAUACAUCGCCAAUAGAACUUUAUUUGAAAAAUAAGCUGGCGAAAAAAUAAAUGUUGCAUCCAUUCUAAAUAAUUUAGAUAGUUUGGUGUCUUUGUUCGCUCAUGAAUCCUAAUUCGUUGUGUUUUAAUUUGGAUCAUGUUAUUGCAUUUAGUUCUACUUUACUUGAGUUGUGUUACUAUUGAUAUGCUAGCUGUAGACCAAGAAAAGUCUAUAUAUGCAGCAGGUUAUGUGAUGAA